AUGGAUCUUCCCAAUUUGGAGGAGCUGAUUGAUACCAUUGAGCCCAACGACAGGACGUCUCGCCGCAGGAAGCAUAAGGAUAUCUCUGGCCCUGAUGAUACAUCUGUCAGCGAUGCAGUCUUUAAGGAAGCUAAAGCUGAGGUACAGCGACGGAGAGAACAAUAUGAGCUCAACUAUUUGCGCCCCAAUGGGCUGGAUAUGGAACUUCCUCUCGAGGAGGACUAUCUCGGCAUUAAUGCCCUUCCACGAAAGAGACACUGGAGUCGACUUCGGCAGCGACAAGAGCAAUUGAACAUUGAGCAUCCACAAGUAAUACCAAAGACUUUGAAAGCCCCUGCGCCAUUUAUUCCCGACCCAACUACCGAGGAGUCAACCCACCGUUACGGGUACGAGAACGAAGAAAACGAAGGGAAUAACCGUGCUUGUAACAAUGGAAGACCCAGCAAGAGAACGUGCAGGAGAUCGAAUGUGCUACCAAAAGUGCCGCUGUCUCAAGAGUUUGUUGACUCAGAAGACGAAUCUGAUGAAGAAGAACUUCUAGAGUGUUGGGUGAGAAAGACACCGCCCACUUUUAUGGGCAUUCCAAGAGAGAUUAGGAUGAAGAUAUAUCGCCAUCUGCUUCUCAGCGACAAACCAAUCACUGUUCACGGACAAUGGAGACAAGUUCACAGGAGCAACCAGUUGAGUUUGCCUAUGAGUAUACUUGGAACAUGCAAGAUUGUGCACGACGAGGCCUGCGUUGUGCUGUACGGAGAAAAUGUAUUCGUAUACCUUCUUCGCGAUCCAAUCUUCUCUCAGCGCGCAAUUCUCAAUCUGGCGACAGAUGAUGAACCAUUUAACGACGGUGAAAGCGACAGUGACUCGGAAUACGAGGACGAGGAACAAGAUUCCUUUUCCUGUAGCAAUCACAGAGAGAAACGCAUCGAUGUCGACAAAUAUGCGCACCUAUUUCGGAAAAUUGUUGUUGAAGCAGAACACAAUCGAUACUCGAAAGCAACUCAAGAGAGUAUGGCUGAAGCAAUUGGAUUCUUUGCCACGCAACAUGAUGAUGCGUCCAGGGACGACACUUGUAACAUUCAUACGCUGACCGUUCGCGUAUCGCCUCUUUGGAAUGAAGAGGGAGGUGAGCCCGGAGCGGGCCGUUUCACUUUUGUCGAUUUCUUUGAGACCGAUGCGCCCGUUAUCCGGGCCAUCAAAGCUCUCGACUGUCAGAUAUUGCACGUCGAGAUACUCACCAGGUACAUGAGCCGACAGUCUUCCAACCCAACUAUGACUUUGAGCGAAGACGGGUCGGUUCGUCUUACCGUGAACAGACGCUGGGAAAGAUACCACAACAUGUUCCGCCAAGGGAGAGUACAUCAGGGCGUUCUCGAUGAGAGGGACCAAGUUAUGAUACAUCGCAUGAAGGAAAUGAUCAACAGAACCUCAAUAGCGAUCGAUGGGCUUGCGAAGCACGUUGAGGCGCAGUGCAAUGAGAGGAAUUUUCACCAAGAUACGACCAUGGGCUUGGCAAUCAAUUGGCCAAAUAUCAACUUUGAUGAUUCCGAGGACAUGAACUACUAA